AUGGACGAAUUUUCAAAAGAAAAAAAAUGGGAUUCAAUUUAUGAAUUAUGUGAAAAUCUUAAAAAAUCAGAUCGUAAACCAGAUUUAAAUAUAUAUAAUACAAUACUUCGUUCUUAUAUACCUUUUGGUUCUAUUAGAAAUUCUAUGAAGAUAUUAGAGGAUAUGAGACUGUCUGAUGUUAAACCAAAUAUAGUGACCUAUAAUUAUUUAUUGAGGACAUGCGCACAGGCAUCUUCUAGUGAACAAGAACCAUACUUAAGAGAACAAAUUUUAGAAAUGAUUACUAAAGAUGGUCUUCAACCUACAAAGAAAACUAAUGAGUGUUAUAUAGAUUCAUUAUUGGCUGGAGAAGAGUAUGAACGUGCAUUUGAUUGGUUUGAUUCUUCAAUGAUAAAAAGUUUGGAAAUGUAUACCGCAAUUAUAAGGAAAGCAAUUGCAAUAAACGAACCAGGAUUAGUAUUAAAGUAUUUGAAAAAUCUUGAAAAUGAUCAAUUAAUUAAUGUACCGGAUUCAUUAUAUAAUGAUAUCUUAAGAUUUUAUGCGUAUGAAUAUUACGCUGAAGGUGUUCAAUAUUGUUGGGAAAAACUUCGACUUCGUGGUAAAGUAGAUCUUGAUGAGGGUGCAUGUAUCGAUAUGUUAUACUUUGCUGGAAAAUAUGGAAAAACUGAUUUGAUCGUACAAGUAAUGGAAUAUUUAAUGGAUGUUCGAAAAGUGAAGUUCCAAAAAUGGCAUUUCUUUCCGCUCUUACAAGCUUACGUUAAAGCUAAAGAAAUUAAGAAAGCAAUGGAAACAUUAUAUAUAAUGCGAAAUUCAGGACUUAAAGUUAGCCUAUUUGACGCAAACGAAAUUUUCUUACAUAUUCGAAAAAAUUCGGAAUCUAUUGAUCAAGCAUAUUAUUGUUUGGAGGAAUUACAUAAAGAGGGAAAGGAUAUUGAUCCAACCGCACUUAACGUUAUUAUUGCAGCUUGUUCGAAUGUUGGUGGAACACCCAAAAGGAAUAUUGAUAUGGUUCGUGCGUUUGAAACAUAUAAGGCGGCCGAAAAAUUAGGUGUUAAACCUAAUACGGAAACAUUUAAUAUACUUUUACUCAUAUGUUGUUUGGCAAAGCAAAAAGAUGUGGCUGAUCAAUUAUGGCAAGAAAUGCAUGAUUUACACAUUGUUCCAAUAGGUUUAACGUAUUGCCGUAUGAUUAAAACAAUUUGUACCCAAGAUGAUUAUGAAGAGGCAUUCACUUAUCUUGAGGAAAUGAAAUCAAAGAAUAUAUUACCAUCACAAGAUGUUUAUGACAAUAUCAUAAAAAAAUGUGUAUUGAAUGGGGAUGCAAGAGCUAAAAUAGCUUUGGAAGAGAUGGAAGGAUUUGGUUAUGAAUUAUCCGAAUCACUUUAUUAUUAUUUAAAAGACUCGGGUCUCGUUAUUAAGAAUCCUAAUAGACAACAACGUAAUGUACAGAAAAAGAAUGAAGGAUUUGAGGCCAGUUCUACACCAAAUAAAACUUCAGACGGCAUGGACGAGUUUGUGGAUACAAUUGCAUCAUUAGAAGCAAAUAAGAAUGAGCAAGGAAUAAAUUAG